CUCUUUGCUUUCAUUGCUUGCCUGAGCUGAGCUGCUGUUAGUAGAGGAAGCUAAGUAGAGAAGUUCAAGCUUAAGUGAAUCGGAUCUUAGUUUCGUUUUUGUUACAGAGAGUUUGUGAAUCGAUAAGUGUGAAUGGAAGUUUAGGGUUUCAGAGUGUUUUUUUAGUUUCUAUGUAGCUAAACAUGGGCUGCUUUCAGUCCAAGACCACUAAUGUUCAAUCUCCAGAUGAAGAGUCUUUACAAGCUGAGAAGCCAGAUCUAGCUAAUGGAGAUCAGUUGGACCAAGAUCAAGUUCCGGCAUUUAAGGAGUAUGGCUUGGCCGAGCUUCGGAAGGCAACGAAUGGUUUCAGCAGCGAUUUUAUCGUGUCGGAGAGUGGAGAGAAAGCUCCCAAUGUUGUUUACAAAGGCAAGCUUGAGAACAAUAGCUUAGUCGCUGUUAAACGCUUCUCUAAAGUUUCUUGGCCCGAUGCGCAGCAGUUCGUGGCGGAAGCAGCAGGACUUGGGAAGGUUCGACAUAAGAGAAUGGUGAACCUGAUCGGGUGCUGUGCUGAGGGAGACGAACGUCUCUUGGUAGCUGAAUACAUGCCCAAUGAUACUUUGUCUAAGCAUCUGUUUCAUUGGGAUAAGCAACCAUUGCCAUGGGAAAUGCGUUUGAGAGUUGCCUACUACAUUGCACAGGCACUUGACCAUUGCAAUUUGGAAAACCGGAAGAUAUAUCAUGAUUUGAAUGCCUACAGAGUUCUAUUUGAUGAGGAUGGUGAUCCUCAUCUUUCCAGUUUUGGCCUUAUGAAAAAUAGCCGAGAUGGUAAAAGCUAUAGCACAAACUUGGCUUAUACUCCACCAGAGUUCUUGAGAACAGGCAGGGUUAUCCCAGAGAGUGUAAUAUACAGCUAUGGGACAGUUCUGUUGGACCUUUUGAGUGGCAAGCAUAUUCCUCCUAGCCAUGCCUUGGACUUAAUAAGGGGAAAAAAUUUAUUGUUGCUGAUGGAUUCAUCCUUGGAAGGGCAAUAUGCUAAUGAAGAUGCAACCAUGUUGGUUGAACUUGCUUCAAAAUGUCUUCAGUCUGAGGCUAGAGACCGACCAAAUACUAAGUUUCUCCUUACAGCGGUAACACCUCUUCAAAAGCAAGAGGAGGUGGCAUCACAUGUUCUAAUGGGUCUGCCAAAAACUACAGUGGUGCUUCCAACCAUGCUUUCUCCACUUGGAAAGGCCUGUGCAAGAAUGGAUCUUACUGCUGUGCAUGACAUCUUACUUAAAACAGGCUAUAAAGAUGAAGAAGGUGCAGAAAACGAGCUAUCAUUUCAAGAAUGGACUCAACAAGUGCAAGAAAUGCUGAAUACAAAGAAAUUUGGGGAUAUUGCAUUUAGGGACAAGGAUUUCAAGAGUGCUAUUGAUUAUUACUCAAAGUUGGUGGUUAUGAUGUCUGUUCCUUCGGCUACCGUCUUUGCAAGGCGGGCCCUCUCCUACUUGAUGAAUGGUCAACCAGAGCUUGCCUUGCGAGAUGCAAUGCAGGCUCAGGUGUGCAUGCCUGAGUGGCCCACUGCCUUCUACUUGCAGGCCCUUGCCCUGUCUAAGCUUGGAAUGGAAACAGACGCUCAGGACAUGCUCAAUGAUGGAGCUACAUUUGAAGCAAAGAAGCAAAACACUUGGCGUGGCUAAGUUUCGGAUCUCAUAUUUAAGGUCUUAAUAUCUCUCAACGGUCUUUAUCCGUUGCCAUUAUGAUGCUGGUGGUGGUGGAGGCGGUGGCUGCCUGCACUGAAUGUUGGAAUAGAAGAGUGAAGUGACAAGGAGAGGUUUAAUUGCUAUCAAGAAUUAAUUUACCUACCACAUUGUUAGCCAAUGAAAUUUGAGAGAGAAAAAAAAAGAGAGCAAUAUGCAUUCCUGCUGAAAGUUAAAAAUAACUACUUUUAACAUAAUCAGUUAAUUGCAUCCUUGUGCUUGACUUCU